AUGUCGGCGACAAUGUCUUCAUACGUAUUGGAUUUGAUGUGGCAGCUCACCAACUGCUUCAACUGCUUUCCGAGCAAUCCCGCCCUCAAGAUCAAUGGCCGCUCAUACAAGAUCCUCCGACUUUUGGGAGAGGGCGGCUUCUCAUACGUCUACCUGGUCCAGUCACCGCCGUCGCCAAACCUAUACGCCUUGAAGAAGAUCCGAUGUCCGUUUGGAGCAGAGUCGGUGGCUCUGGCGCUCAAAGAGGUCGAAGCAUACAGCUUGUUCCAGCCGCAUCCCAACAUCAUCCACGCCCUCGACCAUGCCGUCAUCCCGGAUCGCAGCGACCCGUCCGCAAAGACGGUCUAUAUUCUUCUUCCCUACUACCGUCGCGGCAACCUGCAAGACGCUAUCAAUGCCAACCUCGUCAAUGGCGCAAAGUUUCCUGAGCGCAGGCUGAUGGUGCUGUUCCGCGGUGUCUGUGAGGCAUUACAGGCAAUGCACAACUACAAGGUUGGCCGUGCUCCGGGUGGUAAAGGUGCACAGGCAAGAGCCAAGCGGGUACGAGCCGAUGCUGCAAGAGCCGACAGAGGAGAAGACCAUGACCGAGACGACGACGACGAGCUAGGGGAUGCCGAGCCAUUGAUGGAAGGCGAGAUCACCAUGGCACAAGAAGGCAUGUCCGACGGCCAGACCAGAGCAUACGCACAUCGCGACAUCAAGCCCGGUAAGCAGCACAAUCUCCAACAUACCGCAAACACCCAAAAGACUAAUUACCUCCCACCACANGGCAACAUUAUGAUUUCCGACGACGGACAAUCACCCAUCCUCAUGGACCUUGGCUCACUAGCCCCUUCACCCACCCCCAUCACCUCACGCGCCCUCGCCCUCCAAGUCCAAGACACAGCCGCCGAACACAGCACAAUGCCCUACCGCGCCCCCGAACUCUUCGACGUCAAAACCGACUCGGUCAUCGACACAAAAGUAGACAUCUGGAGUCUGGGCUGCACACUAUACGCCUGUCUGGUCGGCAAAUCGCCCUUUGAAGCCCGCAGCGAAGAAACAGGAGGAAGUUUGAGUCUGUGUGUUUUGGGCGGCGACUGGAGGUUUCCGGACGAGCACAAUGCGCAAGCGAACAAGAGUAGGGGAAAGCAAAAGAUGCCGACGAAUGCCGAUGCUGCGGCUGUCAAGGACGCGCCCAUUACCGAGAUGAUCAAGGAUGUGGUUAGGAGGUGUUUGAGGGUUGAGCCGGCCGAGAGACCGGAUGUUGAUGAGUUGCUCUCCAUGGUUGACGAUGUCAUUGCGGCUUUGCCUGAAGAUGGCGAUCCGUUGGAAGAUUAG